CCGGGCGUGUGAGCUGGUGCGAGUGAGUGCGGGGCGAGAGGAGACAGCAGGGGGGGUGGCACAGCAGGUGUUGCGAGAUCAGGGCGUGGCGCUGGCAGCAGGGGGGAAUGCAUCGCUGGUGUUCAAUGGGGUGGAGCUGGAUGAACGCUCCACUCUGGAUCAGUGCGGCAUUCGAUCCGCUUCAGGGCGAGAGAGCUGGGUGCCUCGAUUUCUUUUUCCCAAUGCGUGGCACAUGCAGUCUGUGCCCAGGAAACCGCCAGUCAAGGUAACAGACCCCACAUGGCCAGUGGCAAGGCAUGGAGCACCGCCGCAGCCGCUGCCGUCCUCAGUGCUCUCGCUCCUCACUCUGCCGUUUGACUCCGUCCCUGUCUGGGCGCUCUUCCUCUGCCUCUUUGUUGCUGGCCUCUUCGCUGCGCAAUGA